AUGAUAAUCUGUCUAUCUACCUAUCUAUCUAUCAGUCUGUUCUAUCUAUCUGAAUAUCUAUCUAUCUAUUAUCUAUCUAUCUAUCUAUCUAUCUAUCUAUCUAUCUAUAUAUGGUCUAUUCCUUCCAUCUUCUAUCUAUCCAUUUAUCUAUCUAUCUAUCAAUCUAUCUAUCUAUCUAAUUAUCUAUCCUAUACAUCUAUCAUUGGCAGUCUAAGGAUUUCAAAAUUCCUUCUAUCUAUCUAUCUAUCUAUCUAUCUAUCUAUCUAUCUAUCUAUCUAUUUAAUUCAUAGAAUAUCUAUCUUGGCAUUUAUCAUUUAUGUCUUUCUAUCUUCAUCUAUCUAUCUAUCUAUCUAUCUAUCUAUCUAUCUAUCUCUCUAUCUGAAAUUAUUAUACAUCUAUCUAUCCCCAGUCUGUUCAUUUCAUUCUUUCAUUCCUUCCAUUAUCUAUCUAUCUAUCUAUCUAUCUAUUUAUCUAUCUAUCUAUCUAUCUAUCUAUCUAAUUUUAAUUUCUUUUUCUUCAUCUAUCAUUGGCAAAAAUAUUCAUUGGAUCUUUCAUUCCAUUCCAUCUAUCUAUCUAUGGAUUUAUCUAUCUAUCUAUCUAUCUUUCUAUCUAUCUAAUUGUUUUACCAUUUGUCUAUCAUUUUAUCUGUUCAUUUCUUUCAUUUUCCAUCUAUCUUUCUAUCUAUCUAUCUAUCUAUCUAUCUAUCUAUCUAUCUAUCUAUUUUUGUUAAUUAUUUAUCUAUCUAUCAUUGGCAGUCUUUUUAAUUUCUUUCAUUCCUUCCAUUCAUCUAUCUAUCUAUCUUCUAUUUAUCUAUCUAUCUAUCUAUAUCUAAUUGUUAAUUACCAUACAUCUAUCAUUGGCAGUCUGUUCAUUUAUUCUUUCCAUUCCGCAGCUUCUUUGAAAUCUAUCUAUCUAUCUAUCUUUUAUCUAUCUAUCUAUUUAUCUAUCAGAGUUAUCAUUUCUUUCCAUUUUUAUUUUCUAUCUUGGGAUCUAUCUAUCUAUCUAUCUAUUUAUCUAUCUAAUUAUUUUCAUUUUUUUUUUUAUUUGCAUUCUUUGAUUAUACUUUGUCAUUUUUUUUCCAUUUUUUUUUUUUUUUUUUUAAUGUCAUUUCUUUCAUUCUGUUUUCAUUUUAGUGUCAUUUCUUUCCUGUUUUUUUUUUUUUUCUUUUCUUUUUACUGUCAUUUCUUUCAUUCUGUUUUCAUUUUUUCAUUUUUCCUCGUUUUUUUUUCGUUCAUUUUUUUUUCUGUUUUCAUUUUAGUGUCAUUAUCUUUUCAUUCUUUUUUUUUUUUCAUUUUUUUUUCAUUCAUUUCUGUCAUUUCUUUCAUUCUGUUUUUUUUUUUGUCUUUUUUCCUCGUUUUUUUAAUGUCAUUUCUUUCAUUCUGUUUUCAUUUUAGUGUCAUUUUUUCCUGUUUUUUUUUUCUUUCUUUUACUGUCAUUCUCUUUUCAUUUCUGUUUUUUUUAGUGUCAUUUUUUUUCAUUUUUUUUUUUGUCAUUUCUUUCAUUCUGUUUUUUUCAUUUAGUGUCAUUUUUUUCCUGUUUUUUUUCUUUUUUUUUUACUGUCAUUUCUUUCAUUCUGUUUUCAUUUUUAGUGUCAUUUCUUUCCUCCUUUUUCUUUUCUUUUUUUUUUACUGUCAUUUCUUUCAUUCUGUUUUUCAUUUUAGUGUCAUUUCUUUCCUGUUUUCGUUUUUUUUUUUUUACUGUCAUUUCUUUCAUUAUGUUUUCGUUUUAGUGUCAUUUUUUCAUUGUUUUUUUUUUUUUACUUUCAUUUCUUUCAUUCUGUUUUCAUUUUUUAGUGUCAUUUCUUUCCUAAUUUUUUUCUUUUUAUGUCAUUUUCUUUCCUUCUGUUUUUUCAUUUCUCUCCUCAUUUUUUUUUUCAUUCUAUUUCAUUUCUUUCCAUCCAUCUUUUUUUUCUUUUUAAUGUCAUUUUUUCCUUCUUUUUCAUUUAGUGUGUUUCAUUUCCAUCUUUUUUUUUCCAUUUACUGUCAUUUCUUUCCUUCUGUUUUCAUUUUAUCUCAUUUUCUCCUCGUUUUUUUUUCUUUUUCUGUUUCUUUCUUUCCUUCUGUUUUCAUUUUAGUCUCAUUUCUCUCUUUUUUUUUUCUUUUAACUGUCAUUUCUUUUCUUUCUUCUUUUUCAUUUUAUCUCAUUUCUCUCUCUCUUUUUUUUUUUCUUUCUACUAUUCAUUUCUUUCCUUCUGUUUUCAUUUUAGUCUCAUUUCUCUCCUCAUUUUUUUUCUUUUUUUUUCAUUUCUUUCCUUCUUUUUUUUUUUUCUUUUUUUUAUUCAUUUCUUUUCCUUCUCUUUUCAUUUUUUGUCAUUUCUUUCCAUCGUUUUUUUUCUUCUUUCUAUUGUCAUUUCUUUUCCUUCUGUUUUCAUUUUUUAGUCUCAUUUCUCUCCUCGUUUUUUUUUUUUUCACUGUCAUUUCUUUCCUUCUGUUUUCAUUUUAUCUCAUUUCUCUCCAUCGUUUUUUUUCUUUUUCUAUUUUAUUUCUUUCCUUUCUGUUUUCAUUUUUAAUUCAUUUCUCUCCUCAUUUUUUUUUUUUUUUUUCUUUCUUCAUUUCUUUCUUCUGUUUUCAUUUUAGUCUCAUUUCUCUCCUCGUUUUUUUUUCUUUUUGUCAUUUCAUUUCCUUCUUUUUUUUUCAUUUUUACUGUCAUUUUUCUCCUUCUGUUUUUUUUUUAGUGUCAUUUUUUCUUCUUUUCUUCAUUUGUCAUUUCUUUCCUUCUGUUUUCAUUUUAGUCUCAUUUCUCUCCUGUCUCAUUUCUCUCCUCGUUUUUUUUUUUUUCUUUCUAUCAUUUCUUUCCUUCUGUUUUCAUUUUAGUCUCAUUUCUCUCCUUUUUUUUUUUCUUUUUCUACUGUCAUUUCUUUCCUUCUGUUUUCAUUUUAGUCUCAUUUCUCUCCUUUUUUUUUUUUCUUUCUAUCAUUUCUUUCCUUCUGUUUUCAUUUUAGUCUCAUUUCUCUCCUCGUUUUUUUUCUUCUUUCUACUGUCAUUUCUUUCCUUCUGUUUUCAUUUUAGUCUCAUUUCUCUCCUCUCGUUUUUUUUUUCUUUUUCACUGUCAUUUCUUUCCUUCUGUUUUCAUUUUUAUCUCAUUUCUCUCCUCGUUUUUCCUUUCUUUCACUGUCAUUUCUUUCCUUCUGUUUUCAUUUUAGUCUCAUUUCUCUCCUCUUUUUUUUUUUUUUCUUCUUGUCAUUUCUUUCCUUCUGUUUUCAUUUUAGUCUCAUUUCUAUCCUCGUUUUUUCCUUCUUUCUACUCAUUUUCUUUCCUUCUUCUCAUUUCUCUCCUCGUUUUUUUCUUUUUUCUUUCUAUCUCAUUUCUUUCCUUCUGUUUUCAUUUUAGUCUCAUUUCUCUCCUUCCUUUUUUUUUUCUUUCUUUCUACUGUCAUUUCUUUCCUUCUGUUUUCAUUUUAGUCUCAUUUUCUCCUUUUUUUUUUCUUUUCUUUCUACUUCUCAUUUCUCUCCUUUUUUUUUUUUCUUUCUACUGUCAUUUCUUUCCUUCUGUUUUCAUUUUAGUCUCAUUUCUCUCCUCAUUUUUUUUCUUUCUUUCUUUUAUCUAUCUGUUUUCAUUUAUCUCAUUCCUUCUGUUUUUUAAUUUUAGUCUCAUUUCCUUCUGUUUUCAUUUCUUUUUUUUUUUUUUUCUUCUAUGUCAUUUCUUUCCUUCUGUUUUCAUUUUAGUCUCAUUUCUCUCCUCGUUUUUUUUUUCUUUUCUACUGUCAUUUCUUUCCUUCUGUUUUCAUUUUAGUCUCAUUUCUCUCCUCGUUUUUUUUCUUCUUUCUAUCUGUCAUUUCUUUCCUUCUGUUUUCAUUUUAGUCUCAUUUCUCUCCUUCAUUUUUUCUUUUCUUUCUACUUCUCAUUUCUCUCCUCUUUUUUUUUCUUCUUUCUACUGUCAUUUCUUUCCUUCUGUUUUCAUUUUAGUCUCAUUUCUCUCCUCGUUUUUUUUUCUUUCUUCUACUGUCAUUUCUUUUUCCUUCUGUUUUCAUUUUAGUCUCAUUUCUCUCCUCGUUUUUUCUUCUUUCUACUGUCAUUUCUUUCCUUCUGUUUUCAUUUUAGUCUCAUUUCUCUCCUUCCCUUUUUUUUCUUUCUACUGUCAUUUCUUUCCUUCUGUUUUCAUUUUAGUCUCAUUUCUCCCUCGUUUUUUUUUUCUUUUCAUUGGCAUGUCAUUUCUUUUUUCUUCUGUUUUCAUUUUAGUCUCAUUUCUCUCCUCUUUUUUUUUCUUUUUUACUGUCAUUUCUUUCCUUCUGUUUUUUUUAGUCUCAUUUCUCUCCUCGUUUUUUUCUUUUUCUAUCUAUCUGUCAUUUCUAUUUCCUUCUGUUUUCAUUUUAGUCUCAUUUCUUAAUCCUUUUUUUUUUUUUUCUUUCAUUCCUACUUCUCAUUUCUCUCCUCAUUUUUUUUUUUCUUUCUACUUCAUUUCUUUCCUUCUGUUUUUUCAUUUUAGUCUCAUUUCUCUCUCCUUUUUUUUUUUUUCUUUUACUUCAUUUCUUUUUCCUUCUGUUUUCAUUUUUUUAUCUCAUUUCAUCUAUCAUUUUUUUUCUUCUUCCUACUGUCAUUUCUUUCCUUCUGUUUUCAUUUUAGUCUCAUUUCUCUCCUCGUUUUUUUUCUUUCAUCUGUCAUUUCUUUCCUUCUGUUUUCAUUUUAGUCUCAUUUCUCUCCUCUUUUUUUUCUUCUUUCUACUGUCAUUUUUUUCCUUCUGUUUUCAUUUUAGUCUCAUUUCUCUCCUCGUUUUUUUUUUUUUUCUUUCUCUACUGUCAUUUUCUUUUCCUUCUGUUUUCAUUUUAGUCUCAUUUCUCUCCUCGUUUUUUUCUUCUUUUACUGUCAUUUCUUUUCCUUCUGUUUUCAUUUUAGUCUCAUUUUCUCCUCGUUUUUUUUUCUUCUUUCUACUGUCAUUUCUUUCCUUCUGUUUUCAUUUUAGUCUCAUUUCUCUCCUUCGUUUUUUUUCUUCUUUCUACUGUCAUUUCUUUCCUUCUGUUUUCAUUUUUUUUCUCAUUUCUCUCCUCGUUUUUUUUUCUUUCUACUGUCAUUUCUUUUUCUUCUGUUUUCAUUUUAGUCUCAUUUCUCUCCUCGUUUUUUUCUUUCUUUCUGUCAUUUCUUUCCUUCUGUUUUCAUUUUUAGUCUCAUUUCUCUCCUCUCCUUUUUUUCUUUCUUUUUCUACUGUCAUUUCUUUUUCUAUUCUUUUUUUCAUUUUAGUCUCAUUUCUCUCCUCGUUUUUUUUCUUUCUACUGUCAUUUCUUUCCUUCUGUUUUCAUUUUUCAUUUAGUCUCAUUUCUCUCCUCUAUUUUUUUUUCUUUCUAUCUCAUUUCUUUCAUUUCUGUGUUUUCACUUUAUAUCAUUUCUUUCCUUCUGCGUUUUCUCUUUGGGGUUUCUUUCUUUCAUUCUGUUUUUUUUUUAGUGAUAUUUCUUUCAUUCUGUGUUUUCUUUUUUCAUUUGUCAUUUCUUUCCUUCUUUCUGUGCUUUGUUUUUUCGUGUCAUUUCUUCCCUUGUUUUUCUUUCUUUCUUUUUUUUUAAUUCAUUUCUUUCAUUCAGUUUUCAUUUUAGUCUCAUUUCUUUCCUUGUUUUUCUAUCUUUUUUCUACUUGCCAUUUUUCCUUGUGUUUCCUUUUUUUAGUGUCAUUUCUUUCCUUCUAUUUUCUUUUUAGUGUCUGUAAUUUCUUUCUUUCUGUGUUUCCUUUUCAGUCUUAUUUCUUUCGUUGUGUUUUCAUUUUACUGUCAAUUCUUUCCUUUGUUUGUUUUUUUGGUGCCAUUUCUUUCCUUGUCUUUUUUAGCGUCAAUUCUUUCCUUCUUUUUUUUUUUUUUUUUUUAGUAUUCUUUCUUUCUGUCUUUUUUUUGUUUUCUUGUCAUUUCUUUCCUUCUUGUCAUUUCUUUCCUUGUUUGUUUUUUUUUUUUUCUUGUCAUUUCAGUCCUUCCUUCUCUAUUUUCCUAUAUCUUUAUACAAUACCUGGUCAUAUCUAUGGAAUACAAUUCAAAUUCUACAUAUCAAUCUUCUAUCUAUCUAUCUAUCUAUCCAUGUUGCGAUCUAUCUAUCCUAUCUAUCUAUCUAUCUAUCUAUCUUGUCUUGUUGAAUUCCCAUGUAUCUUCCAUUUCAAAUUUCAAUCAGUUUUUGUUUCAGUAUGUGCGAUAAUUUCUAUCUAUAUUUUCCUUUUCAAUUAUCAAAGUUUAUCUCAUGGUUCUCAAUUUCUAUCUUCAAUCUAUCUAUAUCAUAUAUCGCUUUUAAUUUUUUUCUCUCUUCAUCUCUUAUUCAAAUUUAUCUCUAUCUAUAUAUAUUCUAUCACAUUCAAUAUCUAUCUAUAUACCGCUUAUCCCAAAAUUUAA